GCGAAGGGGAGAAAGUAUUCUGCAGGGGAGUGAGAUUGAGGCACAACACCGUCCUUGCUCUGAAGACAAUCCACUUUUCAUCCCUCCUUGGCCCCAUGUCGUAAAAUAAUCCACUGAAAGGUGUGAAAAAUGUUUGGACACGCCAAGAACCCGUUCAAUCUCGCUUCUGCUUCGAGCCGUUUGGGUCUACGUGGAAACUUGGAGGGAUGCUAGGCUAGCUUACGCUAGUUUAGCCGCUAGCAAAGAGAACAAAAAAACAACGCGCUUGGGCUCAACAUAUCGCCGAUCAAGCAAACAUAAAGUCCUAAAAAUGUCAGAUGUCAGUCAAGAGCAACACCAGGAGUUUGCUCGCAUCAAAGAAGAAGAGGAGGAGGAAGAGUUGUCACACAUCAAGAAGGAGGAGGAGGACGACGAAUUCGUCCACAUUAAAGUGGAGCAAGAGGAGUAUUUGAUUGAAGUUGAGAACCCCCACAUUGAGAAGCAGCAGCAACCUUAUGCCCUUAAAAAGGAGGCUGUUAAAGAGGAGGUCUCCAAGUGGACUGGUGAGCCCUUGAAGGUUGAAGAUGGAGAUCCGAGUGAGGCCAGCAUUAAAGCGGAGCCUCCCAAUGGUAGCAGAAGUUCAAAAGAAGGAUCCCAAGCAGACGACCUCAUCGCUCAACCAUCAGAGAGUGACGACGCCACUUCACACUCGCUGUUCCGUUUCAGCAAAUAUCUUGGCCCUGAGCGGCGGGUGCCAGAAUUUCCUGGUGUUGAAGAGGAUGUUGAGCCCCCCCAUGUCAAAAAGGAGGAUCCAGAGCCCUGUCAACAUGAGGAAGGGAGCAAAAGGGGAACUGGUUUCAGCAAAUAUCUUGGUCCUGAGCAACAGGACCCAGAAUCUCCUGGUGUUGAAGAGGAUGUUAAGCCCCCACAAAUCAAAGAGAAGCCAGAGCCCUGUCAACAGGAGGAAGGUAUCAACAGGUGGACUGUUGAGCCCUUGAAGAAUGAAGAUGAUCUGAGCGAGAGCAGCAGCAGCAGCUCAACAGACGACAAACACUGUAAAUGCUCUCAGUGUGGGAAAACCUUUGCUAAGAGCUAUAAUUGUCGUGUGCAUAUGAGGUGCCACACUGGUGAAAAACCUUAUGUCUGCUCAGUAUGCGGUCUAAGAUUUAGUCACAAGUACAACUUAAAAACACACACAAGAACCCACACUGGAGAAAAACCUUUUGUCUGCUCGAUUUGUGGUCGAGGUUACACUCAAAACCGAAACUUACAAAUCCACAUAAAAACACACACCGGAGAAAAGCGGAAAAAAAUUGCCUGCUCAAUUUGUGGUCAAAGUUACAUUGAUAAGCGAGACUUAAAAAAGCACAUGAGAACCCACUCCGGAGAAAAAUCUUUUCCCUGCUCAGUGGACGGCCAAAUAUUCAGUCACGAGAGUGCCUUAAUCAAACACACAAGAACCCCCACUGGCGAAAAACGUUUCGCGUGCACAGUUUGUGGCAAAGGUUUUGUUUACAAAAGCCGCUUGACAUCACACGCAAGGACCCACACUGGUGAAAAACCUUUUGCCUGCUCAAUUUGUGGUCGGCGUUUCGCUGUAAGGAAAACCUUUCAAAAUCACAUGAAAACACACACUGGAGAAAAACCUUCUGCUUGCACAGAUGCGGCUAAAGAUUGAGUCACCUUAACCCUUUAGACCCCGAGCCUUUUUUGUGUGAAAUUGGAGGUUGAUUUUUCCAUGUAUAGUUACAAACUAAAUUAACAGUUCAAACAUGCCUUAUUGUACAUAUUUUUAUUAAUGAAUCACCAAAAGAUGAUGUCACAAACUUUUCUCCAAUAUAUUUACAUUUUUGAGAGUGUCAUAACUAGGGUUGUUCCGAUCAUGUUUUUUUGCUCCCGAUCCGAUCCCGAUCGUUUUAGUUUGAGUAUCUGCCGAUCCCGAUAUAUCCCGAUCCGAUUGCUUUAUUUUUGCUCCCGAUUCAAUUCCAAGCAUUCCCGAUAAUUUUUCCCGAUCAUAUACAUUUUGGCAAUGCAUUAAGAAAAAAAAGAAUAAAACUCGGACAAAUAUAUACAUUCAACAUACAGUACAUAAGUACUGUAUUUGUUUAUUAUGACAAUAAAUCCUCAAGAUGGCAUUUACAUUAUUAACAUUCUUUCUGUGAGAGGGAUCCACGGAUAGAAAGACUUGUAAUUCUUAAAGGAUAAAUGUGACUUUGUAUAUUGUGACUAAAUAUUGCCAUCUAGUGUAUUUGUUGAGCUUUCAGUAAAUGAUACUUUAGCCAUUUAACUGUUCUGUCCAAAUGCAUGAUGGGAAGUGCAACCAUGACCGUGCGUAGUGGCACCAAUUGAUAUAUCUUCUCUGCGUUGGGAAGUAACAUAGUGUUAAGGAAAAGAUCAACCACUACCGGUCUUCCCCACAUUGCUUCCCACAAUAUUUCUAAUUGUUGAGAGAGGGAUUUUAAGGCUUUAGCCAAUAAAAAACAGGCUCCAAAGACUGCCAAAAUUCUCUCUACUCAUUUUACGCUGCCUGUUAGCUCUAUAUAUAGGUAAACGGCGGAUUGAACGCGACAAUGCGUGAGUGGGUCGUGCAGCGCAUGGGUUAAUUGCAUUAAAUAUUUUAACGUGAUUAAUCAAAAAAAAUUUAAUUACCGCCGUUUACGCGAUAAAUUUGAUAGCCCUACUUUAAGCCAAAACUAAAGACUCUGGAUGAAUGUAAGACAUUUUGUCUGUAACGUUAAAUACAAUUAGAAAACGAUUUAAUUUAAAAAUUUAGAUAUAUUAAAAAAAAGGCAUGUCUGAUAUUUUUUUGCCAAUUCCGAUCCUUUGAAAAUGACAUGAUCGGACCAGAUCGAUCGGGACAUCUCUAGUCAUAACCAGUGCAUAGACUUCACUAUCAGUUGACAGGGAACGGGGCGCGGGCUGCGGGCUUAUUUUCAAAAACUCCUAAUUCAAAAUAUUUUCAAAAACAAAGCUGCGAGCGGCCUAAAACCCAAAACAGGCACCUCCCUUAGACAUACAGUGUAUCACAAAAGUGAGUACACCCCUCGCAUUUCUGCAGGUAUUUAUAUCUUUUCAUGGGACAAAAUGACUCUUUCAUACAAUGAAAAGACGUCUGUGUGCAGCUUAUAUAAUAAUUUAUUUUCCCCUCAAAAUAACUCAAAAUAUAGCCAUUAAUAUCUAAACCCCUGGCAACAAAAGUGAGUACACCCCUUAGAAACUACAUCCCUAAAUAUCCAAAUUGAGUACUGCUUGUCAUUUUCCCUCCAAAAUGUCAUUUGACUCGUUAGUGUUACUAGGUCCAGGUGAGCAUAGGUGUGCUUAGUGAAAGUUGUCAAUAUUAACAUACAGCAUGCAAACUGUCAAUAUUUUGUGUGGCCACCACUAUUGUCCAGAACUACCUUUACUUUCCUGGGCAUGGAGUUGACCAGAGCUUCACAGGUUGCCACUGGAAUGCUCUUCCACGACGAUGUUGCGGAGCUUCCGGAUAUUUGAGACUUUGCGCACCUCCACCUUCUGUUUGAGGAUCCCCCAAAGAUGUUCUAUUGGGUUAAAGUCUGGAGACAUGCUUGGCCAGUCCAUCACCUUUACCCUUAGCCUCUUCAGUAAAGCAGUGGUCAUCUUGGAAGUGUGUUUGGGGUCAUUGUCAUGCUGGAACACUGCCCUGCGAACCAGUUUCUGGGGGGAGGGGAUCAUACUCUGCUGCAGUAUUUCACAGUACAUGUUGGAGUUCAUGUUUCCCUCAAUGGACUGUAACUCUCCAACACCUGCAGCACUCAUGCAGCCCAGACCAUGACAUUCCCACCACCAUGCUUGACUGUAGGCAUGACACACUUAUCUUUGUACUCCUCAUCUGAUCGCCUCCACACAUGCUUGAGACCAUCGGUCGGAACCAAACAAAUGAAUCUUCGUCUCAUCAGACCAUAGGACACAGUUCCAGUAAUCCAUGUGCUUUGUUGACAUGUCUUCAGCAAACUGCUUACGAGCUUUCUUGUGCACCGUCUUUAGAAGAGGCUUCCUCCCGGGGUGACAGCCAUGCACACCAAUUUGAUGUAGAGUGCAGCCUUGGCCAUCUUCAUAUAGCGCAACAAUAUGUCUUUUAAGGUCCUCAGAGAGUUGUUUGCCAUGUGGUGCCAUGUUGGAACUCUCAGUGACCACUGACCAGUAUGACAGAGUGUGAGAGCUGCACUACUAAUUUGAACACACCUGCUCCCUAUGCACACCUGGACCUAGUAACACGAGUCACAUGACAUUUGGGAGGGAAAAUGACAAGCAGUACUCAGUUUGGACAUUUAGGGAUGUAGUUUCUAAGGGUUGUACUCACUUAUGUUGCCAGAGGUUUAGCUAUUAAUGGGUAUAUUUUAGGGCUGUCAAACGAUUAAAAUUUUUAAUCGAGUUAACUACAGCUUAAAAAUUAAUUUAUCGUAAUUAAUCGUAAUUCAAACCAUCUAUAAAAUAUGCCAUAUUUUUCUGUAAAUUAUUGUUGGAAUGGAAAGAUAAGACACAAGAUGAAUAUAUAUACAUUCAACAUACGGCACAUAAGUACUGUAUUUGUUUAUCAUAACAAUAAAUCAACAAGAUGGCAUUAACAUUCUGUUAAAACGAUCCAUGGGUAGAAAGACUUGUAGUUCUUAAAAGAUAAAUGUUAGUACAAGUUAUAGAAAUUUUAUAUUAAAACCCCUCUUAAUGUUUUCGUUUUAAUAAAAUUUGUAAAAUUUUCAAUCAAAAAAUAAACUAGUAGCCCGCCAUUGUUGAUGUCAAUAAUUACACAAUGCUCAUGUGUGCUGAAGCCCAUAAAAUCAGUCGCACCCAAGCACCAGCAGAGGGCGCCAAAACACCAAAAAACGCAAGUAACAAAUGGACAUUGCAUUGUGCUGUCAUUUCAAUCUGUUUGAGCGGGGCAUGUGCGUUAAUCGCGUCAAAUAUUUUAAUGUGAUUAAUUUUUAAAAAUUACCGCCCGUUAACGCGAUAAUUUUGACAGCCCUAGUAUAUUUUGAUUUAUUUUCAGGGGGGAAAUUAUUUAUUAUAUAAGCUGCACACAGACUACUUUUAUUGUGUCAAAGUUUCAUUUUGUCAGUGUUUUCCCAUGAAAAAAUAUACAAUACUUAAAUAUCUGCAGAAAUGCGAGGGGUGUACUCACUUUUGUGACACACUGUAUAUGAGUCUCCAUCAGCAGCGGCAUCAAAAAACUGAAAGUCGUUCCCAAAUAAAACCCCAAUGAAUUAUUUUGUAUGUAAGUUUAACAAAACUUAAAAUGGCUGUGAAAUUCUCAGAUUUUACACUAGAUGCACAAAAAUUACCAAAUUCAGAGAUCAUCAUCAUCACGGCUUUUGCAUUGGGGCUGGUUUCUGACCAGGUGAGCUAGGCCCUUCCAGUACUGGCGGUAUUGUACCUGCAGAUUUGCGUCCUUCAGGGUAACUUUGUGUCAAACCAUCGGCUGCGGGGAUUUCCUUGUGGUCGUCUCCAGUCAGCCAAUUAAUUCAACGAUUAGUUGUAUUGAGUUCAUUUUGUCUAUACUUAUAUAAUGGUCCCUCACAGUUUAACUUGAAAUUAUUUUAGGCAUCUUGUAGCAAGACCUUUGCAAAAUUGGAAUUACCAUCAGAGAUGUUUGCAUUGUAAUGGCCUACAAAUUUCACACAUGUUGAAUCAAAUCCAUCAAUAAAGGUAUUAUACAUGGUAGCCUGUUGCAGUAUUUAUCCACAUUGUCAUAUGACUCAUAAGGCUUUUUUAUAAUAAUAAAUGACAACUUGUUUCAACCUAUUGUCACCGCAUUUUAAGUAUCGCAAACCUCGUUUUAAUGUAUUAACAUCUUAUUUUAAUGUAUUGAUCAUCACGUUUUAAAGGGUAUGUAGCGGCAAAGGGGGUGUGAGACAUCAAUAGAACCGUUAUGUGCCAAGUUAACAAAUAUUGAUAAAGUUAACAAAAAAAUCAAUCACAUUAAUGAGCAAUUAUCGAAAAUAGAUCAAAAAUGACGAACAUUCCCGAAAGUGUUCCGGAAACAGCCGAAUGGGGCGGGGACGUCAUGACAAGUGAUUUGACAGUCGAGGCGUAGCCAGGUGCCAUUGUUUUUUUUUAACGACGAGAGAGUAGCGUUGGGAUUUGUUUGACGAACACAUCACAAAAAUGGUUCAAAACUGCUGUGCUAUGUGGUGUACAAAUAGUUAUUUAUCGGAAUAUAGUAUCCGUGAGUUCCCGAACGCGAUAAAAAACCUGGACUACGCAGACAAUGGGUAAAGUUCGUCCGUGCAAAGAGGGCUAAUUUUCUAGACACAGCCUCCGGCACGCUUUUCUGUGGUGCGCAUUUUCCACCUGAAAGCUUCUCGAACUAUGGACAAGUGAAAUCGGAUUUUGCUAAAAGAUUGCUGCUCAAAGGAGAUGCGGCGCCGACCAUACACGCGCAGCUACCUAAAUGUCCCGAUAUAUCAAGAAAGAGGACGAUGAGGGGCAAAGGAGGCUAAGGCUAGGCAAAGGAGGGGAGCAGCCAAGCUCGAAAUGGCCAGAGUGAGUACUCUUUUAUAAUUUAAAAAAAUGUCACACAUUGGAUACAGGACUGGACACAUGUAUAAAUUAUCGUUCGUAAAAUAUAUAGAACAAAUCCUCUGAUCCCAUUCAUAUUUGUGUCUGUUGGCAGAGCGAAAAGCUAUGAUAGCGCAAUAAAUGAUCAUUAUUCUAUGCAUUCCUUUAUUUUGCAGUCACGGUGUAUCAGCUUCACAAAAAGAAAUGCAAAACAAAUCAUUGGUGUUUCCCACACGAUCUGCUGCCGAUGUUUCAUCAGUUGCCACGUUUACAUGGAGCCAAAUAUUCCAAUUACAAUCGGAAUAUUUGUUCAAACCGAAUAAAUGUGUUCCAUAUAAACACCUCAUUCGGAAUGAACAGGCCCAAACCGAAUGGAAUUUCAUUCCGAUUCACAGGGGUGGAAUAUUCCUUUUCCCAAACCGAUUCGAAGUAAAAUUAUAUCAUGUAAACAGGGAAGCGGAAUGGUGUCUGGUUGCGUUCUUUCUGCGCAUGCUCCGUACUGACGUGGUGACGUCACUUGCAACAUGGCUUCCAAGCACACGCACAGCGCACUCACACAACUUUUUAAAUGAACGGCGUAUCAUUCUGAAGUUUUGUUUCCACUCGAAAAGUUAAAACAGCAGCUGAUCUGACGAUCGAUCUCCAUGUUUUGCAACGUGACGCUUUGUUUUGAUUAAUCUGCGCAUGUCAGACGGCAGUUGUCAAACGUCCUUUUGGAAUAAAGGCAGUCACAUGUAAACGCUGGAUCGGAAUAGAUGAAGUGACAUGUAAACAGCUGAUGUGAAAUUUCCAUUCGGAAUGAUUUGAAUCGGUAUGAAUAAAAAUCAGCAUGUAAACGUGGCUACUGUCAUUGCUCCCCUCAAUGACCGUUUCAUUACGCUGCAUUG